AUGGAUCAUCGAAGUCGUUGGAAUGACCAAAGGAACUAUCACAGAGCAACUGAAGAAGAGCAAAGAAAUCCUACAAGCUCUCUAUUCACGUUUGAUUCAAAAGUACUCGCGGCUUUGGAUCUUCUGGAGUGGAGUAAAACCGCCUGGAAGGCUUACUCGCAGGCUCAGAUAUUCGAGGCAGCGCCUCUGGAUGAAACUGAAGAGCUUGAGCAAAGGUUGAUUGAGUUCCAAGUAAAUGAUGAUGAUGAUGAUGUGAUGAAUGAAGAGGAGGGCAAUGGAGAUGGAGAGCCUGACGAGGAUGGUGACAAUGAGCUGGAUGUGGAGUGA